AUGUCUCCUGCCGGCUCCAAAGGCAACAAAAAUACACCUGCGCGGAAGAAGGCCUGCAGACAAUGCACCAAGGCGAAAGCCCGUUGCGGUCACGAGAGACCACGUUGCUCUAGAUGCCAGUCCCGGAACUUGGACUGUCAGUACACGACCUCAACAAGUGGAUGUUAUUCUAGCAUGUCACCUGCUAACCAGACAAAUCAUGACAUCUUCCACGGCAUAAGCACAUCGCAGUUUGGAGGUCAAACCCCGCAACCGUCGAGAAGCAGUGUCUCAGAUAGGGGUGAUGGGUCCGUCACCAGUCCUACGCAUCAGCUAGGGUCUUCGAAUCUAGUUCAAACUGAUACUAGAUCACAAUUAUCUGAUCGUCUGAAUCUGGACUUCUCUCAUCUUGAUCUCGUGUCUAUUGCAGAUAGCACUCAGAUUCGAAAUCGCUGGUUGGAGAGCUUCUUUCCGUCAGAUAAUCAGAUCCCGAAAACAUUCUUACCGUAUACGGUGCAGUUUCUAUCCUGCGUCUUGGCAUCGUAUCCAAAGUACAUGUUGAGAGACGUAUGUGUCCCACCGAUUAUACAUACAGUGCAAGUAAAUACAAGGGAACUCCCACUUGCGUUGGCGAACUGCUACAGCCUAGUUCGUAUGUGGGAAACGAGAGCCAUUGGAAGCGAGGCGAUCGUAACAUCAACUGUGCAGCGGGAAAUGGAGAGAUUGAUAGAAGAGCGCGAGUCAUAUGGACAAAUGGAACUGCUCGCUGCGUCGCAGGCAUAUUUGAUUUAUGGUAUUCCACUCGUCGACAGCUCAACCAUUGUACAUCUCCAAGAAUUCUCUUCCAGACUCGCCCUCGGUGGGCUGAUAUCUGCGGCAGAACUGAUGCACACCCGUCCUUCAUGGGAAUCGUGGAUUGUGGCUUCAGCAAAAAGGCGCGUUAUUUUCGCCUCUUAUCUUUUCAACAACGUAUUCAAUUCAACAAACCAGGUCCCAGUAUACCUUGCUGAAGAACUAGGUGACCUUCCAGUUCCUGGAAACAAAUUACUAUGGGAAGCGAAAGAUCGUGUAACUUGGGAGAAAGAGUAUGACAGACAUCUCUCACUAUGGGAAGACGGAGAUCUGAGAACGUUCGAACUCUGGCGCUCCCCAGAGACGGGGUCUCCAAACAGACGCAAAAGAAUCCAUCAGUGGCUACGAUCUGUUGAUGAGUUUGGGAUGAUGCUGUUUGCUACCUGUGCGCAUCUACACGGAUGCUAG